UUAUUGGACGGUCCCUCCGGUCGUUACCAGGGGCGUGGAAGCGAGCGAGCUGAAUGGGAAACACAUUUGUGUGCCUCGUCGCUGCUUUAACCUAACGAGGAGAGGCGAUGACAGGCGAGAACAGUCGUCCUCGUGAAUUAAUUGGCGAGCGGACGACCGGCAAACUGAAAUUCCCCGUGUCUUGAAGCGGCCUUACUGGUCUUUAACUACACGCUCCGCAUACAGCAGCCGCGGAGAGACUCGGCAUCGUUAGCUGCUGUAUCUGCAACCGAAGAGAAGGAUGCGACGACUUGAAAGGAGAUAAAUAUAACAUUUUUUUUUCCUCGCCAGUAAGGGGUCGGUGUUCAGUUAGGACAGACUGAGUUUAAUCUGAAUUUCUGUGUGGUCAUUUGGGUGGCGCUUGUGCGUGAAAAUGCUGAUAAUGUGCAGACAGGGCGUUUUAAAGUCCACCUUUCUGCCGUUGACAAUCGGCUAACGUUAGCGAGGUUCUUCUACCACAAACCUGGCAGGUCCGCCCGUGUCGUGUAUCGCUAGCGUGACUUUAGCCGAGCUUUGGUCGAUUUCCUUCGCUUUUUGAACGAGCCCUUGAUAUCGGAUGAAAUCUGGUCUAUGUCAUCCAUCCCGGCGUUGUUAGGGGCCUCUGCUGGCAAACUGCGUCACCGAGUGGGCGCUGCAGGUACUCAUCUCUAAAUCUGCGUGUUGGGAAGUCUGGCCAUGGCACGAAUGACCUGGAAGCCAAAGUGACUGAACUUUUAAAUCACCAUGGAGCCGGAGGCGAAUCCCAACUCCGAGCCCCACCAAGAACUGAAAUAUCCAUCUGUCCCCAACUCUCAGUGUGAACUGGCCGUGAAUAUGUAUGAGGCCAUGGGUGAUGGAAAUGUCAAGCUUGUGGACUCAGUAGUGAGAGGUGGGAGUGACCCCAGUGCAUACCCUUCCUCCAGUUAUCACAGGAAUGUGCAUCAAAGAUUCAUCAGGAGGAGUCUGUGGUUCUCCGACAACGAUGAGCAGGCCUUUGAGGCACCUGAGUGCGAUAACAGGAGCAAGAUCCUGAACAUAAACCUGCGAACAAUAGUGGACAGGACACGGGGGACUAGUUGCGGGAUACAGGAAGGGUCCAGCACUGAAAGUCAAGGUGGGCAGAAAGACAGUGCGACAGAGAGCGCCAGUGCCGAUGAGGAGAAGGAGAAAGGUGGAGGUGCGUUAAAUCUUACAUGCAGCGAUGCUGGGAAAGCCUCUAUCAAGGCAGCCAGUGAGGAGAACGAGGAGGAGGCGGAGAUGAAAGCAGUCUCCACAUCUCCGGGAGGAAGAUUCCUCAAAUUUGACAUCGAGCUGGGUAGAGGAUCCUUCAAGACGGUCUACAAGGGCCUGGAUACUGAGACUUGGGUGGAAGUUGCCUGGUGUGAGCUGCAGGAUCGUAAGCUGUCAAAAGUGGAACGUCAGCGCUUUAAGGAGGAGGCAGAGAUGUUGAAGGGCCUUCAACAUCCCAACAUUGUCCGUUUCUAUGACUUUUGGGAGUCACCCCUUAAAGGGAAGAAGUGCAUUGUUUUAGUAACAGAGCUCAUGACUUCAGGAACACUAAAAACCUAUCUUAAGCGCUUCAAAGUAAUGAAGCCCAAAGUGCUGCGGAGCUGGUGCAGACAGAUCCUGAAAGGCCUUCACUUUCUCCACACCAGGACCCCUCCGAUCAUACAUAGGGACCUCAAAUGUGAUAACAUCUUUAUCACUGGGCCUACAGGCUCUGUCAAGAUAGGGGAUUUAGGGCUGGCAACACUCAAGGCAGCGUCCUUUGCUAAGAGCGUCAUAGGCACCCCAGAGUUCAUGGCUCCAGAGAUGUAUGAGGAACACUAUGAUGAGGCCGUGGAUGUCUACGCCUUUGGCAUGUGCAUGCUAGAGAUGGCCACCUCAGAGUACCCCUACUCCGAGUGUCAGAAUGCUGCACAGAUAUACCGCAAAGUCACUAGUGGAGUGAAGCCGGCCAGCUACAACAAGGUCAUGGAUCCUGAAAUCAAGGAGAUUAUUGGGGAGUGUAUCUGCCAAAAGAAAGAGGAGCGGUACACCAUCAAGGACCUGCUGAACCAUGCUUUCUUUGCUGAGGACACAGGUGUAAGGGUGGAGCUAGCUGAGGAGGAUGAUGGGAAAAAGGCCUCAAUAGCCCUGAAACUGUGGGUGGAAGACCACAAGAAGUUAAAAGGGAAGUACAAGGAGAGUGGAGCCAUCGAGUUCACAUUUGAUCUGGAAAAGGAGGUCCCUGAGGUUGUGGCACAAGAGAUGGUGGAGUCUGGCUUCUUCCACGAGAGUGAUGCUAAGAUUGUGGGAAAGUCAAUCAGGGACCGUGUGGCACUGAUCAAAUGGAGAAGGGAGAGAACAGUGUCUGCUGCAGCUGCAGUGAAUCAAAGUGAAGGGGGACACAGGAUCCAGAUGAUUCCAUCUCAGGGCAUCUCUGCUGGGCCUGCACAUGUAGGACAGCCAUUGCUGGAACCAGAAGAGCCAGAGGCAGACCAACACAACAGGCUGCAUAACCUACCAGCCAGUGCCACCUCAGUGACAUCAGACGGCACACUUGACAGUGGCAUGGGUUCCACUGUGUACUCAGACUCCCACAGCAGCCAGCAGAGUGUCCUCUACCAGUCCCUGCUGGAGCCUAUUACUAUGGCAACACAGCAGUGCCAGAGCAAUAGCCCUUUUCUGACAGAUCGACCUCACUCCUGUGAAAAGGGUGAAGUGUGGGGAGCAACGCUGAGCCCAGAGCUCAGAACUCGUUUGGGAGCUGCAGCCCGGAGAGGAAGUGCCCCUGUUAUUGACACUCAGAGGGCAAACCACAUUGCUCAACUCCAUGCCCUCAUUCAGUCUCAGAGAUCAAUCAGUCCCACCCUCACAGUAACAGAGAACCAGUCAGAACUCAGUCCGUCUGGGCUUUACUCAGAGGCUAAGGAUGGCUUUCCCUCCCAGAGGGCUCCGCCACUGCUGCAGGUCUCCCCUGUCUCUUCACCUUCUGAGUACCGCCGCCUCAGUGACACCAGCAUCAGGCCGUCAUCAGAGGCCACCAGUGAGAACUUAACUCUGCCUGCGUCAAGUGGACGCAGACACUCUGACCUUAGUAGUCUUCUGAGUCUAACCUGUCAUCAAAACCACCAUUUUGCAAUGCAUAGAAAUGUGUGCCAGGCCUGCCUCUCUUUGCUUCUUGUAAGGUCACGUGAAGGGAGCAACCGUGGUCCUUCUGCUGUCACGCCAGCACACCUCUGUCCAUGUGACUUUAGACACCACCCGUCCUCUGGUGGAACAAUGACCACCCCGGCUUAUGGACGGUUGAAAGGUUCAAGUGAUUGUUCCGAUUUCUCACUGCUUCAGCAAUCCCUGUUCAAUAUAAUCAGCCGCAAAGCAGCCCCUUGUCACACCACACCCACACAAGCCUCCCCGCUACACUCCUCAGCUGCCCACAGGCCUGCUUGCAGUGAUGGAGAUAGCAGCCUCAAGAGUCAUCCCCUGAGUGGCAGUUUGGUUGGGGACCAAGAACCCCUGCGGGACUGCGAAGAUAGAUUCUGUGCCGGAGAGCAGCAAGUUACCAGGGCUGUGGGAGUGGCCGGUUCUGCAGGCCACCAGAAUCAACAGUCUAUCCAGGGCCUGCCCACUUCCAGUACCCCAGUGCAUGCACCACUGCAGUACAUCCAACCUGGGCACAGCUACCCUGCUCCUCCAUAUGCUGGCCCACACAGUGCUGCAACACCAGCUCCAUCCAGUCUGUGUUCAGUCAGCAUCCAGCAUCCAGUCAAUGCUGCUAGCUACACACCUCCAAGUGUGCAGCAGACCCAAGCUGCAGCAAGUAUUUCAGCAUCAGCUGUGCCACAGCAUGUUGCACAGAGCUACCAAGCACCAAGCCACCAACAGCAGCAGGCAACAGCAGCAAGCUCUUUGACCAUUCCUUUGAAAGUCCAACAGACUUGCCAAAACUGUGCGGCCCCAACUCAACAACAGGCUCACUCUGCAUCAGGAUAUGCUGCUCCAGUUCAGCAACAGACUGCAGCAGCAGCAACCACCCUGCCAACACAGCAGGCAGCACAAAGCUACCCUCUUGCAUCUGUAACCCCAACUAUGGCAGCCACGGACCAGUGUCAUCUUGCACAAGUUCCCAGCGCACUGCAACAUGUUCAAGCUGCAGUCAAUCUGCCAAGUCAGCAGCCUGGUCAGAGUUCCUCCACACCAGCACUUUAUAAUCAGCAAGAGCACCAACAGCCCUUGCUGCAAAAUACUCAGUCGAAUAUAAAACUAACACAGCAUGCUGGGCAGGCUUAUAUUCAGCCUCAACUCCAGCAUAGCCAAGAAACUCUGCAUAGUACACACCAUCAAAUGGCACAACAGCCUACACACCAUUCUCAAAAUGCUCAGUCCUCUGGUCAACAACAAAUACACACCCCAACCCCACAGAAGCACAGUCAGAAAACCAUGCAGACAGCAGUUCGACAACAGAGCCAUGAUAUAUCCCAGUCUACAGUCCACCAGGUUCACACCCCAGCUUCUCAACCUCAUCCGACAGCAGCCCCAGUUGUGCAGGUUGCAGCUACACACCAGAGUUACCCUGCUGCAGGUCUACCUGAUGCUGCCUCUCAGAGCUACCCACAUCCUGGACUCAGUGUGCUACAGCAACAGACUGCUCCAACUCAGCAGCAGUACAUGCCUGCACAGUCUACUGCAGCUCCACAGAACUAUGGUGGAGCUAACCAGGUGGUGACUCCUCAGAGCCUUCCUGCCUCCUCCCAACAUAGCCAGCAUAUCACACAACAAUUUCAACCCUAUCUUUGCAUCGGUGCUUUCCUGAAUCAGAAUGUUCCUGCUGGUCAAAACAUGUCACAUCUUGGACAAGAUGGACAGGGCCAUGGGAUAAAUCUCAGCCAAUCAGCUUCCAAUGUGCCAGCCCAGGCACUUCUUCCUCAACCACCACCACCAACACACCCAUCCCAGCAGAUUCCCCAGCAGGCUCAGGUCAGCCAUCCUGAGCUUGCUCCCUCUGCUCAGCUCCUCCAACCUGCAGUCUUCUCCUCACCUGUGCAGAAUGGGUCGGACCUGAGCACAGUCACCACUGCUGCCCAACUGGACAACAAGAUCCCAUGCCAGCUGCCCCCGCAGGCCCUGUCCCAGAGUCAGGUUCAGAGCCAGAUUCCUGUGCUGCAGCCCUCCGAUUCUCAGAGAGGAUCAUCUGGGUCUGCCAGUUCCUGUCUGACUCAGCAGAAGCAGCUCCGUGCUCUCACAGGAGCUGCAGGUCAGGGUCCGACAGAGACCAACAAGGAGGACCAAGCUGCAGAGAAACACACUGGAGGGCAGAGCUAUGACAGUGUCAACUCUGAUGCGACGUCAGGGAAGGAGAUGAGUGACGGAUAUGAGGGUACACAUGGAGGUAAAGGCGAAGGAAAGGUUCGCAAACACCACCGCAGGUCUACUCGCACUCGUUCUCGGCAAGAGAAGAUUAGCAGGCCAAAGCUCAACAUGCUCAAUGUAUGCAACACUGGCGAUAAGAUGGUAGAGUGUCAGUUGGAAACUCAUAACCAUAAAAUGGUCACUUUCAAGUUUGACCUGGAUGGAGAUGCACCAGAGGAGAUUGCUACAUAUAUGGUGGAGAAUGAUUUCAUUCUGCCUUUAGAAAAAGAAGUGUUCAUCGAGCAGUUGAAGGACAUUGUGGACAAGGCUGAGGACAUGCUGAGUGAGGACACUGAGGGUGAGAGGAACUCUGACCAGGGAGGCAGUCCCAAACAGAGUGAAGGAGCUGGCACACUGGGAACAGAGGGAUUGAAGGCUUCCACACCCAGCAGCCCACAGCUGGUGUACCAGCAAAAUGUUCUCCACACUGGAAAGCGCUGGUUUAUCAUCUGCCCUGUGGCUGAGACACCCAUGUUAGACAAAGAGAAGACUACAUCUCACAGCUCUACAGCCCAGGAACCUGAAAAGUCUGUCCCAUCAUCAGUCAGAACCAACAGCAACACAACUACAGCGACUACCCCAAUCACAUCUUUAUCCUCCCAAAGUCCGUCCUCCUCCUCCUCUCUGCCCCCUGUAGCUCAGACCACAGUGCAACCUCAAGACCAAAACGUUGACAAAGCCCGCAUCCAGCAGCCUCAGCCCUGUGUAACUAAACACGCCCAUGCUACUGCUAGUGCCAGCCCUCACAAAUCCCUUCCUGUGGAAGAGACUUGCAUCUCUGCUGUCUCCAUGGUAACGGACAUGCCAUGCUGUGCUAUUGUGCCACCUGUCUCUCUGGAUGUAAAUGCUAUUGAUAAAGGUACAGCUGGUGGUUUGGCCUCCUCUCAAACAAAUCAGCCUAACCAGAAGUCCAGCCCUACUGGAGAAGUACCCCCUCAGCUGGCCUCCCAUCAGUCAGUGGUCCUGCAGCAACCGUAUGCCACGUCCAUGCAGCCUGGGACAGUCACCUCCCAGCCCCAGAGUCCAGCACAUCAGACCUCCCAGAAUUCCCAGUCGUCAAGCCACCAGCAGCCCGUGAGUGGGGGGCCAGGAGAGUCGGACAGUGAGGGCCCACGCAGGGUGGAGUUUGUUGACCGCACCAUUAAGACUUUGGAUGAGAAGCUGAGAAACCUUUUGUACCAGGAGCACCCCCCCUCCCAGCCUUCCAGCACUGCGUCUGACCCACAGGCCUCCAGCACAGAGGGAGUCAGCUCACCUCCAGUCUCAGAUGGCCAGAGCGCCGAGGGAGCACUUACAAAGAAGAAAGGGGAGCCACUGCCUCAGAUUCCUGAGCGUACAGAUAGUGUGGGUGCACUAAGUGACUCUGCAGUGGCAGCAGCAAACAGGGUUUUGAACAGACGGGAUGUGACCACCAGCUCCAGUUCAUAUAGCUCCAAAAGCCGUUUUCAAAUCAUACCCACUCCACCGGAUGUAAUUUGUCGUUUUGAGAAAAGCAAUACGAGCUGCAGCACCUGCAGUUCCCCAGCGCCCUCUAGUGGUUCUGGAGGGUCUCACAGCCAGGCUCAGGGCAAAGGGAGCACAGAGAAGGGUUGUGUGGCUGUGAGCAGGUCCUCUGUGACCGCUGCAGCUGAUAAUGCGAAUGCAGGAACAUCCAAAACCAACAGUAGCCAACGUUACUCUGCCCCACCAAACUUCUACCAGGCCACCCCCACUUCCAGCCCUGAUCUCACCCCACACCAUAUCCCCCGGGCCCAGACCAUGGACACUCCGACCCAUCACCAAUCCUCUCACCUCUACUCUGACUCAGCAGACGAGGACAGCAGCAGCGUAGCCCUCCCUCCGGCCCACCCCGCUCCCCCAGCUCAUGCCCUGUCUGAGCACAGUGGAAGCGACCUCAUGAAGAGGGCAGUGGCCUUCCUGCGCCGCUCUGGUCGGAGCAAAAGUGAGCAGAGUUCUGAUUCACCGAGCCGACAGCCCGUGGCAAUGAAUGGUCACGCUCCCUCGCCUUCUGCAGGACAUGUCCAUUCGUCCUACAUCAGCAGUGACAAUGACUCUGAGUUUGAAGAUGCAGAUAUGAGGAAAGAACUACAGAAACUGAGAGAAAAACACAUGAAGGAGAUCUCUGAGCUGCAGGCGUUCCAGAGGAAUGAGAUUGAGCAUCUGUACAAGGAGCUGGGCAAAACAUUGCCCCCCAAUGUCGGCCUGCUUCAUGCUGCACCCCCAAGUGGCCGCAGGCGCAGGGCCAGCAAGCACAAGCUGAAGGCUGGAAAACUGCUCAAUCCAAUGGUGCAGCAGCUCAAAAACAAUCUCAACACCUCCACAGACAGAAAAGGUGAAAGUGCUGCCAGUUCAUCGGGCUCCCCGGCGAAAAGUUCAGUUCUGUCAGAUGGCUCUGCCCACUCCAGUGGCAGCUCCAGCUCCAGCACUCAGCCCAGCAUGGCCCCAGAGCAGGUCCACACCCAGCAACCCUGUUCCUUGAAGGGCUCUUUCUCCUCAGACAACAUCUACGCUGGGCUACACAAUGAUGGAAUGGCCAAUCAAGCUGGCCCUGGCCAAGGCUGGACGGUUUACCACCAAACGUCAGAGAGAGUCACCUAUAAAUCUAGUAGCAAACCACGCACUAGAUUCCUCAGUGGACCUGUGUCUCUGUCCAUCUGGUCCACUCUGAAACGACUAUGUCUAGGCAAAGAGCGCAGUAGUAGGUCUUCUCUCAACACCACCACCGCUCAGACAGCCGCCAGUCAAACCCAGCCGUCACUCACCACAGCCACACCCUCACCAUCGCCUCAGCCAAUCACGCGGCUCGCGCAGGUCCAGACCAACAACAGCAACAAUAAGAGAGGCACGUUCACGGAUGAUCUUCACAAGCUGGUGGAUGACUGGACGAAGGAGACUGUCGCAGCAGCCAGUCAGCCACGUCCUUCCCUGAAUCAGAUCAAACAGCAGAGACGCCAGCAGGACCUGGAAGGCAGAGCGCCACCUAUGGGAGCAGCUACACAUGAGAUGAAAUGCCGUGUUGGUCCCAGCAAGUUCCAGCUGCCUCUUUCCUGCCCCCUUACUGCUGCUUUAGGCCCUGGUAUGCCCACAACCUUAGCUCCCAACUCCUCAGCAAUGCUCCCUCCUGGGUACCUUUUGCCAGCAGGCUCCUAUGGCAGGAUGGUUCCUGGUCCUCUAUACCCCCAGCAGUGGCCUGGCACGCCUAGCCCCGUAGGAUCCAUGGGUCCUGUAGGCCUGCUUGGUGCUGCAAGAAUGAUGCCCUAUGCCGCAAUGGCAAACCCAGGGAUCAAAGCCUACCCUCUGGUCAUGCACGACCCCGAGAAUGGCCCCUGUCCGAAAACCACGAGGACUACCUAAUCUGUUGGCUAAAAUGUGUUAGUGUGUAUGGGCAGGAUGGUCCAACUCCAUUCUGUUCUGGUUCACCAGAGCCACACUUGUACAUAAUCUGAUCUUGUAAAUAACAUGAUGCGAGUGUUGAUAUUCUUUAUACAACACCUAUAUCUGUAGUUAAUUGUGUGUGUGUGUGUGUGUGUGCGUGCGCGUGUGUGUGUGUGUGUGUGCGCGUGCGUGCGUAUACUAUACAGUACAUGUUAAGUAUGUAUGUCUGGAUACCUAAUGCUUUUUGGCUUUGGUCUUGACAAAACUCGGCCAUACAAGACAUUUUGUCUGCGGUCACAAAAACGUAUUUCACUUUAUUCUUUAUCACUGCAGUUUUCACACUGAUUUCGCCUUUCUCUGUGCUCCAUACACAUUAAACACUACAUUGGAAUCCAAAUACCAGUGGUUUAAGAUGCAUAAACAGGACAGUAUUUAUGACGAAGAUAUUUGAGGAAAUGUAGUGCCUUGAACAUUGAUUUAUAGAUAUUUUUUCUUCUUCUGUGAAACAAAGCAUGUCUGCAUCCAAGUUAUUUUAUUUGAUGGUAGCUUGAGUGCAGUCUCUUUUUUUUAAUGCAUUACAGACACUUUUGUUUUCAGUUUACAUAUGAAUGCCCUUGUAGAACUGCACUAUUAACACAGUAUAUGCUCUUAUUUAAAUAAUAAAAUCAUUUUUUAACCCUUGUUUACUUUCCACCCCUGUGACAGAUGAAAUGCCAUAGUGGUGAGAUGUACCGUUGCCUUGCAGAAACAAAUGGUUAAUGUAAGACUGAUGAGAGAAGGAAAAAAAUUACGCCAGCAGCCAAAAUCCACUCGUUCAGGUCAAAUGGUUCAGUUGGACACGGCCUCUUUUUGAUAGGACAACUGAUGCGAGUUGGCAGUGUUGUAGCCUUGUGCUCAGAGGAAAGGCAGUGUCCAGAGCUAUAUAUACUGUACAUAGUUCUUUCUACAGUAUAUGCCUCUGGUAUUGUUCUGAUCAGAAUGUAGCAAUUAAUAUGUGAAGGCUUGAGGCUUAAAAGUGCAAUUUUAAACCCCUCCACAAAGCUUUGAUCGUGGCCUUGCCACAAGCCUUAUCUCUGAUGUGUGCAACAGGAGCAAGCUGACAAGUUGAACAAAGUUACAAAUCACCAAGCAACAGAAAGAAGUUACCAGGCAAAGUAUACACAUAAACCACCAAUCAAACUCUGAAGUCACUACUGCUAGAUGUUCUUUCAACUUGGCUGUCCUAUUACUCAGCAUACACUGUAUGUAAAAUGUUUUGUGCAAUCACCAGUUAGGUCUGAUGUUUUUUUUUUAAUUAUUUGAUGUUUAAAGCUUGAUUUUUUUUUUUUUUUUUUGAUGCUGCUAUCGUUUGAGGUGAUUCCACUGUACAGUUAAGCAUUCUGUUCCCAUACGAUGGUACCUAAAAUAAGAAAAACCUCCUCAAAUUACAUAAAACGAGACGCUGACAAAACAGUGUUAUUGCCUUGUUGAAAUUUUGAUGUUGUGAAUUUUUGAUUUCCCAGGUUGCUUUCAAUGACAGCCUCUUUUUUUUUUUUUUUGUCCGUUUUCUUUUCAGUAAUAAAUUGCAAAAUUCAAAUGAUACUUGAUGCGGGAGAUUUGCACAACAUAUAGUCUCCCUUAAUUCUAACCUAUGUUUAAGACACACUGUAUAUAGUUGGUUUCACCGCCUGUACUUUUUUAUCACUGACAAGCAUGGCCAACCUUUCAUGUUCCACAAAGACAAACAAUACAGCUACUAAGGUUAGAAAUUUCACAUUCUCCACAACACAAUUUAAAAGGUUUCAGCACCCCAAUCCUGCCAAGCUGUGAAUUGUACAGUUUCCUUGUAGUUUAUAUUUGUACAUUUUGUUUGUUUGAUUGUUUAGGGGUGUUGGCAGUCGUGGAGGGGUUGCUUUGAUGUAUAUUAUUCCAUCAAUUCGGUUUGAAUUGGACUUUUAUAGGAUAUUAUGCAGAGUCUUCUGCUUUGGUGAAAUACUUCCAGUAGUAAGAGAUUUCUGUUCUCUGUCAUUAUGUUUUGUUCCACCUCCCUCGCUGCUAACUCAUGGGGAGCAGCGGAGGGAGUAACUGUUUGACGGCACAUUCGCCUGGGUGCAGUGAUCAACUGGGGAGCUGAAAUGCACUGAGGAGGAGUAGACACGUCCUGCUCUGCUCAUCUAAUCUCACCUGUCUCUGGACAACAUUGCCCCCUGGUGAAUAUGCUGUGAUUGUCAAAGGCUUGUAUUUAAACUGUGUGGGAUUGCUUCUGCCUGCUGUAGGUCCCACUGCAUUACCCCACCCUGCCCUGCUGCACUCUAAUCACAGACUGUAUGUUGAGAGAGAAAUAAAUAUUUUGUGCUUGA